GCUUCCAUGGAGGCAUAGACAGACACGAAAGCAUGAACAGAAGAAAGUUUGGAUUCUUAUUCUGAGGAAAAUUUGGGCUGCAACGAACUGAAACCCUUAUCAUUAUUAGCUUGUCUCUGUGUUCUAUCGCUGGUGCAAUUCACAAUAGACUAUUCGUUCUGUUAUGGCGGCCUUGAUUUCCAAAAGGCUACUACGUUCUUCUGGUUCCUUACAUUCACUAGGACGAGGUUGCUUUGAUUCGCCUAAUGCUGGCUUUGUAUCUUUUUAUAAAUCAAAUGAUAUAUGCAGCAGUUUAUCUGGGGAAAGACUGUUUUCUGCAGAACGUUCUGGCCUUCUCUUGGCCAAGUCAAUGUUACGACAGUUUUGUACUUCAAUUUUAGCUCCGGGACCUGAUGAAGAUGCAUUUCCGUCUGAUUUGUUGUCCAAAAAGCCUCUGACAACAUCUGAACGUACAAUAGGGCUUUGUCAGGAUCUUUUAAUUCCAGUUACCAACUUUCAUAAUGAAGACAAGGGCUUUACAGUGUUACCUGGUGAUGUUUUUGAUUUGCCUAUCCGGAAGGAUAUUAUUCAUCGCCUUGUUAGGUGGCAGCUUGCAAAACGACAACAGGGAACGCACUCAACAAAAACUAUCAGUGAGGUCAGUGGUACUGGGAGAAAGCCUUGGAAACAGAAGGGACUUGGUAGAGCAAGGCAUGGUACGUUGCGUGGGCCUCAGUUCAGGGGUGGUGCCACUAUGCAUGGGCCUAAGCCUCGGAGCCAUGCUUUCAAACUCAAUAAGAAAGUUCGGCGUCUGGGGCUGAAGAUUGCUUUGUCAGCUCGUGCAGCAGAAGGAAAGCUUCUUGUGUUUGAGGAUCUGGAAGUUCCUACUCAUAAAACCAAGAACAUUGUGAAUUAUUUCAAACAAAUGGAGGACACCAAGAAACUUUUGCUUGUAGAUGGUGGGCCCAUAGAUGAAAAGUUGAAAUUAGCAACACAAAAUCUACAUUAUGUUAACGUACUUCCCUCCAUUGGCUUGAAUGUCUAUAGCAUUUUGCUGCAUGAUACAUUGGUGAUGUCCCGAGAUGCCGUGACCAGAAUUGUUGAGCGUAUGCGCACUCCUAUUAAUCGUUGAGACACAACAAUUUCUUGUGCUUCAUUUGAUUUACUCGGAAAUAGGAAUUGUAUGCUGAGCCCCUAUUUCUGUAACAUAAAGAGAUCCAAUGAGAAUAUCUUCAGUACGAGCAUUCUGUUAAAUUUGCAUAAGCUAGCAAUUUAGAUCAUUUUUGCCGCGUUGUAGGUUCAAACUUUGGAACUUGAUGGUCAAAUUUCGAUGUAAGGGGUUAGGCUUAUAAUGUUUUCGGAUUAGUUGAAUCUCAUUUUUC